AUUUAAUAACUAAAAGAUUGUUCUUAAUGAUUUUGUGAAUUUUAUGAAUUUCUUGAGUUUUCUACUUUUCCAAAAAAAUACAAGCCCACAUAUUAUCCCAAGUUGAACAAAAUAUGCGCAAGUCCAUGACUUCGAGACACACAGUAAACAAGCAAUUCACAAACUCACCGGACCCACGUAUCCAUCCACACACGUGCCACCAUUGGUCAUCUUCUUCUUCGAUCUCUGCAAUUAUACUACAAAUUAUCGUCUCCCAUUACCAUCCAACCUUUUAGAGAUCGAAGGCAAUCUCCAUGGCUUUCACCAUUGCUUCCACCUCCCAUUCAUCCCUCUCAACAAGGGGAGAGUUGACCACGAAGUUACCUUCUGUGGGAAGGAGCAAUAAUCCAAGGUACUUGUUGAGAAGCAGCCAUGGAUUGAAGCUUAAAGCAACUAAAGGAGGCGUAUCAAGUGUAUGUGAACCACUUCCUGCUGACAGACCAAUAUGGUUCCCAGGAAGCUCUCCUCCUGAAUGGCUUGAUGGCAGCCUUCCUGGAGAUUUUGGGUUCGACCCACUCGGCUUAGGAUCUGAUCCAGAAACACUGAAAUGGUUUGCACAAGCUGAGCUGAUGCACAGCAGAUGGGCGAUGCUGGCAGUUGCGGGAAUUCUUAUCCCAGAGUGGCUCGAAAGCCUGGGGUUUAUCGAAAACUUUUCAUGGUUCGAUGCUGGGUCAAGAGAAUACUUUGCUGACCCAACCACAUUAUUCGUAGUGCAAUUAGCUUUGAUGGGUUGGGUGGAAGGUCGAAGAUGGGCUGACAUGGUCAACCCAGGGAGCGUUGACAUCGAACCUAAUUUUCCCAACAGGAAGAAACCAAAGCCGGAUGUCGGGUACCCCGGUGGGUUGUGGUUUGACCCGUUCAUGUGGGGAAGAGGGUCGCCGGAGCCAGUGAUGGUUCUUAGGACGAAGGAGAUCAAAAACGGCCGGCUUGCCAUGCUGGCGUUUACAGGUUUUGUAUUCCAAGCCAUUUACACCGGACAAGGUCCCCUUGAGAACCUAUCGGCACACCUUGCAGAUCCUGGUCAUGUCAACAUUUUCUCGGCCUUCAGCACCCAGAUUCAGUGA